UCAACCAACUCCUUCCGUUUCCUCGAUCGACUUUUCGUCUACAUCGCCAUCUCCUUGAACUUUCCCCAUUUCCCCUGAAGGGGUUUCUAUCUUGCUUGUCACUAGCAGCAUUGCUCUCUUGCUUCUUGAAUCAUGAGUUCAAGUGGGAUCAAACCCGGCCCUCAGUCCAAGCCAGGGCAAGGGAGCUUUCCGGCUGGUCCGCCAAAUAGCCAAGCGAUACUGCUAGAGAAGCUAAAUAGGAGGUCAACGCCCGACUCCGAAGCGCUGGCGAGCUCGGAUGAUGAGCCAGAAAACAAUCGCCAUGAAAACCGACCGCCUCCUGCUCAACCUCCAAAACCGGUGCGCCGGGCAUCUUGGUUGAACGACACGUCUCAGCCUCCUAUGGCACGCCAGAACCAGAGGAAAGGAUCCUUUGCGAGCAGCUCCAUGUCACCAACGACGUCCCAUCCGACUACACCUUCCGGCGAUGGAGGAGUCGCAUCUUGGGGCUCACACCCAGCCACGACUGGUGUGCUCGGCCGGGGCCAUCCAACAAGCGGCUCAUUUCCCUGGGGAACUGGCAUUUGGAACACUGAGAAGAAAGAACCACCGUCGCGUCUCACCGAGGUUCUCCCUUCACCAACUUCGACAGUCCCACCGGGGGGCUCCAACAAUUCAUUCUUCGGAAGUGAUGGUGGGCUGGGCGGGUUGGCACAGACUUCACCGGCUACAAGGGAGACGCCUAAUUCACAGAUCCCUUUCGCAAUUCCCCUACAUCCGACACCCAAGACUUACCGUUCGCAAUCCUACUCGGUGGGGCAACUCGAGCCCGAGACGAUUGCCGCGUCGAUGACUUCAUCCACGUUGAUGGGUACUCGACGAGCGAUCCCGCAUCAUGGCCUUCAGCACCGACCGUCCCGGCCUAGCAUGCUGAGCGAGAUGUCGAAUGAUGGCUCCAUGUUGGGGAAGGUGAAUGAAGAUGAUGAUGACGACAGCAGUGGCUCCGUGCCGGGCAGCCAGCACCAAGACCCCGCCAAGACUAUCGAGCUGCUGCAGCGAGAGAACAUGUUACUGCGGCAACAGCAUUACCAAAAUUCGCGAUUACGGCCGCGGGCUUCCACAGCCAGCGCUUUUGGCUUGAGUAGUAGCUACCUGCAGGAGCCCGUGCCAGAAGAAUCUGAUUACGCGGUCGACGAGCACGAUGAGUUGAAUGAUGGGUCUGACGCGGCAACCCGAAGGGGCCUUCUUCCGCGGCGAAUGAGUGAGUAUGGGGUCGGCGGCCCGUAUAGGGCACCAUAUUCGGUUGAGAACAGGAAGUUGGAGAACGUCAAGAAAGCGUAUUGGCACACCUCGCUCGGGUUUGGCGGGCUGGGAGAGCUCUCCCAAAGCCGGCGCCACUCGUUCGCAGACGUGCCAACUCGCCAGGCUUCAAUCAGCUCCAUCGGGGAGGCUGUCCAGGCACUUGAACCAACGGCACAGGACUUUGCUCAUGCACAGGAAUUCUCUGCCGCAUACCCUGAGAGUUCCAGCUAUCCCAUUACCAACCCCCUUCCAAACUACUUCGCUGGCGCUGCCGGCUCUCAGCAAGCUCCAGGCCAGGCUGCUUAUGGCAACCAUUUUUCGUCCCCCUACGCCGGGAUGCCUGGUCCUGGUUCCUAUACCACCCGACCUUCUUCACCACAUCGCAGCAUGUAUGGCAUGUCGCAGCCGCGGCACAACCAGUCGUUGCACAUCGUCCUCUUUAAAUGCUCGAGGGCAGAUGUCUUCUACAUCCAGGAGGGUACCGGCCUCACCGUAAGACCUGGCGACCUUGUCAUAGUGGAAGCCGAUCGGGGCACCGACCUGGGCACCGUUGCACACGAGAACGUGGAUUGGCAGACGGCGAAGGAAUUCAAAGAGUUCUACGCCGAGGAGCAUUACAAGUGGCUGAUGAUGUAUUCGCAAAAUGCGGCCGCGUCCCAGGAGGGUGCGGGAGCUGGGCUCAUGGCAGCGUCCAACGGUCUUCAGGGUAGCGCCGUCGGCGGCAUGGGCCCUCCGAGCCAACAUCACCAUAUCCAAGAACCGGGUGCGGGCGAGCUGAAGCCAAAGCUGAUCAAGCGCCUGGCACAGCAACAUGAGGUCAUUGCCCUGCGGGACAAGGAGGGCAAUGAGGCUAAGGCCAAGCGGAUUUGCCAGCAAAAGGUCAAGGAGCACGGCCUGAGCAUGGAGAUCCUUGAUGCCGAGUUCCAGAUGGACUGGAAGAAGCUGACUUUUUACUAUUUUGCGGAUACCUAUAUCAACUUCAACUCGCUCGUCACCGAUCUCUUCAAAAUAUACAAGACGCGCAUCUGGAUGUCGGCGAUCAACCCGGCAUCCUUCGCUAGCCCUCCCCUGGGACUGCAAGCUCCGAGCGGCGUCGGUCCUGGAGCAGUGGGGGUGAACCGAUCUGCCACCUCAACGCGCCGCCAAGAGAGCCAACAGGAGCCGCAGGCUGCUGCCUAUUCCGGCUCUAAUCAGGGAGGACGCGGCAUGCAGCCGUCGUUCGCGACAUCAUUCAGCGCUGAUCGGGCGUUGGCCCCGGCACUAAACUACCCGGCGGCCAAUUAUCCUUACAACGGCUAUAGCUCCUUCGGGAACGCCGGCCGACCCGGAGCUAUUCCGUACACGCCUGGUAUGAUGCAGGGACCGGAUGCAUUUUCUGGCACCUUGUCCCAGGGAGCAGACUAUACUCGUCUUGCUCGCUUCCCAAGCCCACAAUCUGCCAGUGGCCCCCAGCAUGAUCAGACUAUUUCGUCUCUCGGGGCUCAAGGAGAUCUGCUUGGAUCAUUCCAGGGCCUGUCACUGAACUCCCGUUGAGGUGAAGGCAGAUCUCGGAGACUGGUCCCAACCCCCUUCCUACACAUACACGUCAACCCAUUUAAAAGACGCACACAAGCUUCACUCAUUGGGGCAGGCUAUACAGAAAAGAAGACGAAGGCACAAGGGUCUUACGAAACGGUUGGUACUUGUAUUACGAGACUAUGGGACUUGCCCACCACCACGAACACAGCUGGCGCAGAGGCUGCCAUCGUCGGAC